AUGCCGAGUCUCAGGCUCGAUUCUGAGAUUCUGACAGCGGCGGCCGCAAUCGGAUCGGCUCACGUGUACCUGGUCGAGGUGAAGAAGCAGAAGAAGUUCAAGCGGUUGGCACAGCCACGAUUCUUUCCCUGUGCGCUGUGCACUCUUGCUGCCCCUGCAAUGAAUACACUGCAAGCACUUGUACUCUCGGCUUGCGUUGCAAUAGGUGCGGCCCAAUGGCCUUGCCCGGUAGAGGCCGGGCCCUGUGCCACCUGGUGCCAGGAGCACGGCUGCCUGGACGGCCAGUGCACGUGUGGGACCUGGGACGAGUGCCGCUGCACCGGAUGCUGCACCGAGGUGCCCGAUGUGAGCUGCGUGGACAUGAACUGCGUCGAGGCUGCCAAACCGCGAGGAGUGUGCGUGCAGGACGCCUGCCUGCCCAACAUCAACGACCCCUAUUGCCACGACUAGUGACACGCGUCGUCCGCCCGAUUAGAUAAACUUAGAGGAGAGCGAUUUUCGAAACGUCAAGUGAGGCGAAACGACGCGAAGCACCUUCAGUAAAAGAGCCUGCAGAAGCGCAAUGUGUACAUCGUUUGACGACAUAUAUUACAGCCUUAUAUAUUA